GGGAGGGGCGGGGCGCGCGAGUUGGAGGCCCCCACCCCCACCCCGCGUGCCUCGGUUCAAACGACCCUCCGGGUCAAGAGCGGAAGGGAGGGAGGGAAGGUAGGAGCCCGGGCCUCCCUAACUGGCCUCUCUCCCAACCCCAAGCCGCCCAGCCCCAUGGUCCCCGCCGCCGGCGCGCUGCUCUGGGCCCUGCUGCUGAGUCUCGGGUCCCGGGCGGCGGGGGCCGAAGACCAGACCCCGACUCCGGCCGGGCUACAGCGGGUCAGUUUCCGCUCUGGGGGCCCUAUGGCCAGCAGCUCCCGGUCCACCUCCCGAACCAGUAGGUUCCCGAAAUCGAGGGUAACUCUGGAGGAGGUGGACGAGGAAGACCCCAUGGCCGACGAAGACGCGGCCACCGCUGACAGUCCGGCAGUCCCAGCCGCCGCCGAGCUCUUGGCCGCCUCUGUGGCCAAAGGCGUCACCCACCAGCCGGAGUCCGGGGAGGAGGAAGGGGCUUUGGAACAUGAGGUUGAGAUUAACGCCAGGAAGAAUAACUCCGACGAGGAGUCUCACAAAAUGACCGGUAUGGUGGAGGGUCAUUCGGGGUUUCCAGCGAAUACUCGGCCGCCGGAAAUCAGGCUGACAACAGGCCUGCCUCCUGCCUCAUCGAAGUCUACCACGGACCGGUUGGUCACUGACGUCAGCCUGAACCGGUGGUCGACAGCCGGGGCCACCCCGAACCGGUGGUCAUCAACCUCCGGGACAGCCAUGCCGCCUGCCGAAGAGUUGCGGCUGGUGCUGCUGCCCUGGGGUCCGUGGCACUGCCACUGCAAGUCGGGCACCAUGAGCCGGACCCGGGCGGGGAAGUUGCAGGGCCUGUCCGGGCGCCUUCGAGCUGGGGCGUUAAGCCAAAUCCGCACCGAGCACCGGCCUUGCACCUACCAGCAAUGUCCGUGCAACCGGGAACGUGAGGAGUGCCCCCUGGAUGCAGAUCUCUGUCCUGACUGCAAAACUAGAGAACAGCCCAGUUACAUAUUCAGCCCCAGACCCACCCCCAGUCCCGCUCUUGCUUUUUGGAAACGGGUCAGGAUUGGACUGGAGGAAAUUUGGAACAGCCUCUCUUCAGUGUUCACAGAGAUGCAACCAACAGAGCAAAAGCAGAGAUAAUGGCCACGUCAUCCACAGGUGCCAGCAUCUCAACCUCUCCUCCUCUUUCAAUCCCAGCACCCACUGGAUAUUUUUAGUACAGAAAAACAAAACUGAAAAAAAAAAUUGUUUGGUCUUGUGUCUUUUUUACAGAGGUAUCUGAGAGAAGAGAAAACAUAAAUCUCUUGAACUCCAAAAGU